AUGGAGCUGGCCCUUACUGCCACCCUGCUCGCCCUCCUCCCCACGGCCCUCCAGCAGAGCACUCCCCUCCCAGCCAACCUCUCUGUGACCCGUGCCUGGGCGAGAAGCCUGGAUUCAGAGUGUGGACGCCCACACGUGUCAGGCCGCAUCCUGUCGGGGCAGGACGCCACGCUGGGCGAGUGGCCGUGGCAGGCCAGCCUGAGGGAGGAGGGACAGCAUGUGUGCGGGGGCACCCUGAUCGCUGAGGCCUGGGUGCUGACUGCGGCCCACUGCUUCGACCAGAAGCAGCCGCUGUCUGCCUACUCUGUGCUGCUGGGCUCCAUCUCCUCCUACCCCCAGGCCGAGGAGCCCCAGGAGCUCCGAGCGGUGGCUGAACUCAUCAUCCACCCAGAGUACUUGCAGGAGACCAGCAGAGCGGACAUCGCCCUGGUGCAGCUGGCCUCCCCUGUCACCUACAGUGACCUCAUCCUUCCGGUCUGUCUUCCCAAACCCGGAGACCCCCUGGAUCAUGGCACCUGGUGCUGGGUCACCGGCUGGGGGAACAUCGACUUGAGUAUACCGCUGCCCCCGCCCUUCACCCUGAAGGAGCUGUCCCUGCCCCUCAUCGAUGCCCCGACCUGUGACGGCUACUACCACGAGAACUCGGACACCCCCAUCCAGGAGCCCAUCAUCCUCGAGGACAUGCUCUGUGCCGGCUUCGAGAGUGGCCAGAAAGACGCCUGUGGGGGCGACUCCGGGGGACCCCUGGUCUGUGACGUUGGUGGAGUCUGGGUCCAGGCAGGCGUGGUAAGCUGGGGCUUUGCCUGCGGACUUCCUAAAAGGCCAGGAGUCUACAUCAACGUCAGCACGUACGCCACGUGGAUUGCCAGCACCAUCCCGGGCUCGGACCUACACACCGAAAACUCUUCUCCACGUCUUGCUGGGCUCUUCUUCCCGCCCGUGCUGCUGGUUCUGGGGCUGCUGGGGGACACGUUUGCCUCCCUGAGGCUGGCCUAACCAGGCAGCCAGCCCUGCAGACUCAGCCUCUGCUGUGGAAACUCAGGCCCUUUCUCUGGGGUCUGCGGCAUCUGUCUGGAAAC